UGGCUACUCACAGUGAUCUAGACCUUUGUUCAUGUGUUUACGUUUGGUCAUUCUGGACGGAACAGGACUUUCUGCAAACAAGCAUGAUACUGGCAGGGAAUGGGAUGAGAGUGGCUGUGACCAUCGUAAUUUGCUUGGUCCUAUACGGGACAAGAGCGGGGUCAGACGAUCCACCGGUUCGAUAUGAUGGAUACCAGCUUUGGCGAGUGAUACCUCGGUCUGAUGUAGAAUUAGAAGCGUUGACACUCAUCUCUGAUAGAAAUAACCUAUCAUACUGGAUAGAACCUUCAACUAUUGGUCGACCAGUUGAUGUAAUGGUAUCUCCUUCCUCGGCCGAUAGUCUUACAUCAUUCUUCAACCGAUCCUUCUCAUCAUUCGAGGUCUUACAGACGGAUAUUCAACGGGUCAUUACAAAGCAGUAUAUGAACAGGGUUCGGACUGGUUUGGGAUUUUCAUAUGAUGAAUACAACAACCUGGAACAGAUCAACAGAUGGAUUGAUUCUAUCGAGAGAAAACACAAAGGUGUUGUCACCACAACAACGAUCGGUACAUCUUACGAAGGAAGGGAUAUAAGGAUACUCAAGAUCAGCGUUCCUGCACAACAAUCACGUUUCCAUGGCAACGAAACUGGAGCUCGCAAAUCCAUCUUCAUUCAAGGAGGAAUACACGCCCGUGAGUGGAUAUCUCCAGCCACCGUCAUCUACAUGACUAAUCAAUUAUUGAAGCAGUACGAGCAGCGACAGGACGUUAGACUGAUUUUGGAUAAUUUUGACUGGUAUAUCUUACCAGUAUUCAACGUUGAUGGAUACGAAUACACAUGGACCAAUGAUCGCUUAUGGCGCAAAACUCGCUCUCCUACAAGCAUCAGUGUCUGCAAAGGAACAGAUCCAAACCGAAAUUGGGAUAACCAUUGGUGUGAGGAAGGAGCAAGCAAGAAUCCAUGCAGUGAAACGUAUUGUGGAUCUGGUCCAUUUUCAGAGGUUGAAGUCUUGGCGGUCUCAACUUUUCUUACUUCUGGGAUCAACUUCAUCGGCUUUAUCGAUUUCCAUAGUUACUCUCAACUGUGGAUGACUCCAUACGGAUACAGCACAUCAUUUCCAAGUGACUAUAUGAAACAGAAUACACAGAGCAAGCUAAGCGUUCGGGCCCUCAGCGGAGUGUUUGGAACAGUAUAUGCGUAUGGAACCAUAGCUAACACACUGUACGCGGCCUCCGGUAGCUCUGUAGAUUGGACGUAUGACAACGUUGGUAUCCUAUAUUCUGCUACGGUUGAGCUUCGUGACAUGGGGGAGUAUGGAUUCCUCCUCCCAGCUGAUCAGAUUAUCCCAACCGGGAAAGAGACCUUUGAAGGUCUUGUCGAGUACGCACAAUUCAUCAUGACGCACAUCAGUAAUUAGCUCUGCGGACUGUUUCAUGAAAGGACUUAAUGGGAUGUUUUAUCCGACAGUUUCAACAUAGUAACAGUAAGACAUAUGUGCUUUUCAGCCGAUCGAAAUCAAGAAAAUUCAAGGAUAUAUCACUCCCGAUCUUUCGGGUGGAGGGAUGGCCUUUUUUAUCAUCUCCCCCUAAUAAUUUAUGGUAGAACAUCACAUUUUAUGAUGAAGCAUAAUAGCAUAUGUCAAGUGAUGAUAAGGAGAUAUGAAGAUUAUUAUGAUCAUGGUGAUGAUAGUAUUGAUUGUCACAUGCACAUGAACAUCAUUUUCCAGAAUAUUCUUUUGUUUAUUGUUGAGAGAAAUCAUUUCUUUAAAAAAAGAAUGAGAUGGAUGGAGAAAGCAAAAAUUCCAGAAUGAAAUAGAAUAACCCGUUCAACAUCAUUUUUAACUCUAUUGAAAUUUACCUCUUUCUGCAACCUAGCGCAUGGGGUGUGCCCUGUUUAUUUGAAUACCAUUUCGAAUGACGAUUCAUAUUUGCUAGUAUUCUUUAUCCCAGUUUAUGAUGUAAAAAUAAGUGGAGAAAUGUACAGAAAAAAAGACAAUUGAAAUUUAAGAAAGAAAGGAAGUAACAAUGACAACUGAUAAGAGUUAUCAAAAUGACUCAUUUUCAGGUAAUUUUUUUUUUAAUUCAGCUCGCACUUCAUGCUCACAUUUUUUAUCUAGCUCUUAUAUUUACAUUGUAUGUAGUACCUAUUCUUUGUAAAAAAAUCUAAUAUAUUUAAAACUUCAGUCUUACAACCCCCCCC